AUGACUUUCGAUUUACAAAAGAUAGUGAGACCAAAGAUUUACAACCUAGAACCUUACCGUUGCGCAAGAGAUGAUUUCACAGAUGGUAUCUUACUAGAUGCAAAUGAAAAUGCACAUGGUCCAACUCCAAAGGAAUUACAAAAGGAUUCGCAAUUACACAGAUAUCCUGAUCCUCAUCAAUUAGAAUUUAAAGAAGCUAUGGCACAAUAUCGUAAUAAGACUUCUGCAUUCAAAGAUGAUACUGACUUAAAACCUUUAAACGCUGAGAAUUUAUGUCUAGGGGUUGGUUCUGAUGAAAGUAUUGAUGCUAUCAUUAGAGCUACUUGUGUUCCUGCUAAAGAGAAAAUCUUGGUUUUACCUCCAACUUAUUCCAUGUAUUCUGUCUGUGCCAACAUUAAUGACAUUGAAGUGGUCCAAUGUCCUUUGAUUGUUGAUGAUAAUAGUUUCCAAGUUGACACAGAACGUGUCCUAGCCAUAUUGAAAGCAGACCCAUUGAUUAAAUUAUGUUUUAUUACUUCACCAGGUAAUCCAACUGGUGUAAAAAUUGAUACCGACAAGAUUAUAAAGAUUUUAACAAAUUGGGAUACUGGGUUAGUAGUGGUCGACGAAGCUUAUAUUGAUUUCUGUGGUGGCUCAACUGCACCAUUAGUCACUAAAUAUCCAAAUUUAGUCACUUUACAAACUUUAUCGAAAUCGUUUGGUUUGGCUGGUAUUAGAUUAGGAAUGACAUUUGCUUCAAGUGAUUUAUCCAGGAUCUUGAAUGCUAUGAAGGCUCCAUAUAAUAUUUCUCGUAUGGCUGCUUCAUAUGCUUUGACAGCUGUACAACACAACAAUUUACAAUUGAUGGAACAAACUACUGAACAAAUGAAUAUCGAACAAAGACGUCUCUUAAAGGAAUUAACCGCAUUAAAUGGUGUCGAUGAUCAAUAUGUGGGCGGCCUUGACGCUAAUUUCAUCCUGUUAAGAAUCAAUGGAGGUGAUAAUACAAUGGCCAAACAAUUAUAUUACAACUUGGCUACUAUCUCUGGUGUUGUGGUUAGAUUUAGAGGUACUGAAUUAGGUUGUACUGGUUGUUUAAGAGUCACUGUGGGUACAGAAGAAGAAAACAAUAGAUUGAUUACAGAAUUUAAAAAGACUCUAGCUCAAUUAAUGGAAAGCAAAUAA